AUGACGGGCACCAGCGAUGACGGGAGCCCCGACUACACGACCUGGAGCAAUUCCAGCCUGAUCGAGCGCAUCACGGAACUCGAGCGCCAGCUGCACUCGCAGACCACACAGUACACAGCACCGGCGUCCGCUAUCGGCGAAGCAGUACCCCGCGCACCCAUCGCUACUGAUGUUAGUGAACCUGCGAUUCCUCUCGCCGAGACAGACACCAACCCCUCGAAGAAGAGGCGGGCACACUCUCCGGAAGGCGAUAUCUGCCAUGCACCUGCGCCCUCACGUCCCACUAAGGAGUAUCGUGAAUUUGAUGCGUCGAAAUACCACACCCGGUUCAUUGCCCUCAAAUUCGCCUACUUGGGUCAACGGUACAAUGGACUAGAACAUACGAACGGGAACACCACGCCGCUUCCUACGAUCGAAGAGACACUGUGGAAGGCGCUGCGCCGGACACGAUUGAUUCUUCCUGAGACUUCAUCUCCGGCUGACGAACCGAAUGAUGCUGGGCCGAGGGAGCAGCGGCCCUACUCCAUUCACUGGGAUGGGUGCGAUUACUCGAAAGCCGGGAGAACGGACCGCGGCGUGAGUGCAUUUGGACAAGUUAUUGGUCUAAGGGUUCGCAGUAUGCGGCCUCAGCCGAAACCCAAGGCUUCUACCGAGAAUCAUGAUCUACAAGAUGGCAAUGCUAUGCAGGUCGAGGAACCGGCUGCAGACAAGGACUGGGAUGAUAUCGCGGAUGAAAUCUCCUACAUACAAGUCCUGAACAGAGUACUUCCAGAGGAUAUUCGUGUUCUCGCUUGGUGCCCACACCCUCCGGAGGGGUUUGAUGCCCGUUUCUCCUGCCGCGAACGCCGCUAUCGAUACUUUUUCACCCAGCCCGCGUUCUCUCCCACUCCUGGCGCGUUUGGCUUUGAGAAUCGCACAGGAAGUGGAAAAGGUGAGCGUACCAAGUAUCGCGAGGGUUGGCUGGAUAUCGACGCUAUGCGCGAAGCUGCCAAGCACUUUGAGGGUACUCAUGACUUCCGAAACUUCUGCAAAUUGGACACAAGCAAGCAGAUUGAGAACUUUGAACGAGUAAUUUUCCACUCUGAUAUCCAACUCGUCAACCCGAAAACAAACCCUGUGGGCUAUGUCGGCCAAACUGGAUUUCAAAUAACAGAGGACUUCGAAGCGGAUGUGGAUAUGUUUUCCGCGGAGAAGCCCAAUCCCACUAUUCCACAGGUGUACUCCUUCGAUCUAUAUGGAUCUGCCUUCUUGUGGCACCAGGUUCGGCACAUGGUGGCCAUCCUCUUCUUGGUCGGUCAAGGGCUCGAGUCUCCGUCCAUAGUUCCCGAGCUAUUGGAUGUUGCCAAGAAUCCCCGAAAACCAGCAUACGAUAUGGCUUCCGAUGCGCCUCUAGUGCUGUGGGACACCAUCUUCCCAGACGAGAGCACUGGCAGCCGGGAAGACGCCCUGGACUGGGUUUAUGUUGGCGAUCCCCGCCUGAACAAGAGCCGUAGUGCCAAGGGCGAUAGCAAGUACGGUAUGAAGGGUGUCGCUGAGAGCCUAUGGGCGGUCUGGAGACAACGCAAGAUGGAUGAGAUCUUGGCUGGAGCGCUGCUGGAUUUGGCCGUCAGUCAGGGUGAUCAGAGCCUGGUACAGGACAUGGAGGGUAAGCAGGGCACUAGCAAGAAACAGAGCAGAGGCGUCAAGAUCUGGCUGGGGGCGGACGAAGCUCGUAUCGGUGGAAAAUAUGUCCCCGUCAUGAAAAAAGCCAAGACGGAGGCUGUGGAGGUUCGCAAUGCUAAGUGGCUUGCGGCCAAGCAGCGCAAAGAGGCUAACAAGGAGGCCGAGGCGAAGAAAGACGAGACAUAG